UGCAAGAUAUUUUGAGUUCCAGAGAUUCAUGCGACCUCUGUAAUUAUUAUAUUAUACUGUGCUAAGGCACAAAGUAGGAGGAAUUCUCUUCUCUGUUGUGGCUAAGAUCGCAAUGAAGGACAAACUAAAACGUGAAUUGAGUCUGCGCAUUACAAUACUCAAUUGCUUGUAGAUUCCCCGUAGUUUGAGAAAAUUUCUAGGUUAGUUUAGCGGAAUAAGCAAUUUUUUUACCAAUUUUAGCGUGUCGCGUCUGGCAGCGUGCGAACGUGGUCUACAGACUAGUGUGCAAUAUGUUGUUGCACCUUUUGUUCCGUUGAAAUAGUUAUAUUUAUUAUUAUUUCUACUUUUUCUCUUUAAGUUUCUUAAGCCAAAAUCUGUUAAUGUACGUGUAAAGAAAAUUCUAAACAAAUAGGUAGUUGAAUCACAGGAACAAAUUCUUCAAGUGGAAAAAUAUGUAUUCUACAUUGAUACUUCUCUCAUUAACAAUUGGCCAAUCCUAUAGUCUUCAUCUAUCAGCCCGCUUUUCGGAGAAUGAACUAGAAGGUGAAGUAAUUCUCGUGCAAGAUAAAGGAAGCAGCCUCGUUUAUAUUCAUUCGCAGCUUAAUUAUCUUGGUAAUUUGGAGAAUGUGACUUGGGAAUGGACGAUUCGGCAAUUUCCCGUUGAUUAUACCGAACUCACCCAACGAUGUGAUGCUAAAAAACUUGGAAAUCUAGUGAUCGAGUUGGAUACAAUCAUUGGCCCACCAGUUGUGAAUGGCACAGUCGAUCUUACUGGAUCUGUGGAUGUUAUUCCUCUCAUUGGUACACAUGGACUAUGGGGAAGGAGUAUGAUCAUUAAAAGCUCUUCCGGAGUGCUGGCAUGCUCAACGCUAGUACCGUCAGGAAACACUAGUGUGAAAGUAGCUGAGGCUAGAUUCAACGGUCCUGUGUCGGGCUCAGUGUACUUCGAAUGGGUCGGCAGCAGUCUCACCGGAAGUACGGAUGCUUUGAUAUUUGUAGAUCUCCACCAUACCAAACAAAGGUCACCCAUCACUCAACAUCAUUGGAAAAUACUUACUACUGAUAUUCUCGACUCUGAAACAGAUAAAUCGAGGAGAAGCUGUGACUUUCUGCAAGUUAUAUACUCUCCCGACUCGAAAGGAUCAGGAGAAUUGUCAUCUCGACUAGGUCCAGUGAGUGUGGGAACCAAAGAGAUGUACAGAGAUCCUGAUCUAAUGCUUCCUGAUCUCAAUAAUAAGCAGCGUCACUUGUAUUUGGUUUUGUAUGACAGUAGGCAUGUAGAAGCAUACCUCUCUUGCACAAGAAUCACUCAAUUGCAACCUGUAUUCAUCAAAUCACUUAUACAAUCUAAUGGACUGAAAGGACAUGUUAAAAUGGAGCAAUCGUCCCCUUUCACUCCCACCAGCAUAUCUUUGCAAUGGUCAUGGACUGGCAGUUCAAAGGAAACGAUUGGUGGAUUCAGGAUACACUCACUGCCCGCAAUUCCAUCGGUUGCCAGAUUGAAGAAACUGGCGCCGUGUGAUGGCAUCGGAGAUGUUUACAACCCUUCUAACCUUCCCGUUGGAGCCGAAGCGCUACCUUCAGGUGCUGGAACUCAGGACAAAUACGCAGUCGGGGACCUGUCAGGUAAAAUUGGCUACGAUGGAGAGAAGUCAUGGGAUAUGUAUCUUCCACUAAGAGGUCGAUAUAGUGUGUCCCAUCGGUCUCUUGUAAUUUACAGGAAUGGUGAUGAUGGCUCAGAAGUGCCCUGGAUAUGUUCUUUAUUGGUGAGAUAUCAUCAUGUAGAUCAAGACCAAAAACUUCCAAUGAAAACAGUCGAAGCUCUUUUCAGAUACCCAUUAGCUGGUCGUGUUGUUUUGAGACAGCCGGCCGAAGAUUGGGUGGCUGACACGACGAUCGUGAUCGAUCAGCUGGUGUACUCGGACGGCACUUCGGUCAACAACACUCACGAGCACCGGUGGGGCAUCACUGAGCACUCUCCCGGCAAAGACUUCUACAACUGGACUGCCAGAUGUGUGUCUGCUGGAACUACCUUCGAUCCAUUCCAUGUAUAUGUCAUCAACAAAACAUCGGAUUCGCAGUGUGUGGAGGGCGUGAGACCUGGCUAUUGUAGAGUAGGUGCUUUAUCCGAGAGGCUGGGAUUCAUGUCGAUAGCUGGAAGGAAGAAGAAUAAUGCGAAAAUUGCAAGAAAGCUAUUCACCGAUAAUCAUUUACCUCUGAGUGGGCCAAACUCGGUAGUGGGACGAUCGUUUGUGAUCUAUGAUGACCACGGUCCCAAAGCAAGAGGCGACCGAUUAGCUUGCAGCAGAAUAACGGGAAUAUUCCGACGAAAAGCUGUAAUCCGUGACUGGUAUGGAAACGGGAUCGAAACGCCAGUUAGUGGUAAGAUGGAGUUCUAUCAAGAAACAGAGUACGACGUUGUUGACAUGGAGUUCAACAUAGAGAACCUAGAAGGCGUAUCUGCCUACAAUAUACAUCAAAUGCCCGUUCAAGAGCAACUAGAAUUCCCUUGCGAGCAGUCUGCUCUGAACUCGCAGUACGACCCGUACGAGACAGCAGCGAGGCCCGUUCCUCGGCCGGGUGAGGGAACCCCUGACCAGUACCCGGUCGGUGACCUCGGAGGGAAGUUCGGUCUGCUCGACAACAAAACAGCCAUCAAACAGGCCGCCUACAACGACUCUUCCAUGCAGAUCUUCGGACAACAGAGCAUUUUGGGUCGAUCAAUUGUUCUGCUCAGGAAGGAUCAUACCAGAUGGUCAUGUGGUACAAUUGAGAGAGGGUAUGCUCCUACAGAGGCUAGAGAAUUGAGAGCUAUCGCUUCAUUCCAUCAUCCUCUGGGUUUUGCCUGGGGUUAUAUUCGCAUGACACAGUUGAUUCACUCAGAUAACAGCAAGAGUGAUACAGUCAUUGAAGUUACACUUCGUCAUCCAGGAAAAAUGGAUCGUAAUUUUACCAAGAAUCAUAAUUGGGCGAUCUAUGUGAACGCAGUGGGUGUUGAUGCUACUGUCAAAGUGUUGGAGACGCGAUGCACUGCCGGAGGUUAUGUUUGGAAUCCCUACUUCACUCAACUAGCGGAUCCAUUGAAUGGAGAUUUAUAUAAACAAGAAUGUGGCUCUGAUCACCCACUGAGAUGUUAUGUGGGAGAUCUCUCAGGCAGACUUGGACAUAUUGAUCUUGGAGGCAAAAGAAGUGUAUUCUCAGACCCCAAUUUGCCACUUGAAGGUGAUGUCUCUGCAAUGGGCCGUUCCAUAGUAAUUCUGGACCAAGAAUUCGGCCACAACAAGUUUGCGUGUGCCAACAUUGAGCCGGAUAAAGACUUGAUAAAAUACGUUAAUCUGAGAAAGCCACCGAAUUUCAUUGUAUCUCAGUUCUUGGAUGAUAUUCAUGAAGUGAUGGGAAUUCCUGAAUGGUUUCUAACAGUUGAUACACGAAAAACAAAGAUACUGCACCAUAGUGCUUGCAUACAACUUUUCCUUCAUUUCAAAGGACCAGUAGCUAAUACUUUGGAACAGGACUUCAGUCGACUUCUCUCAACUGGAAGACUAGAUUCGCCCAGUAUAUUCAUCCCUGGCUACGUGCCAAGCUCGAAGCGAAAGACCAAAAUCAGUUAUAAAUUGUGUGGCAGCGACAAUGAAAGAGUGAAAGGAUCAUCCGCUCGCAAUCCCUUCAAUGGUCAAAGUAAACUAGUCUGGAACGUCUAAGCUGGAAUUGCAGUCUGGCACUGGAGUCUGUCUGGAGUGGACUUUGGUCUAGGACUCUGGCACCGACACUGGCCUGCUGUUGAACACCUCCUGGUGAUGCUAGGUGGAAGGAUUCCGUGCCAGCAUUCUCGAUAUCUUCAGUGGAUUGUCUAGAUGAAGGCAACCAAUUUGCAGCAGACUCAUUCUUCUGCAGAAAAAUGGGCAACUGGGAUUGAGAGUGAUUUCCACCCAAUUGUUGGUUUUGACAAAAAUUAGGAGGUUCCAAAGUAGUAAAUCUUGAUGAAUGGAUGGGGACCUUACUGUUGUCUUCUGGAAUAGGCACUUCACAAAGUUGAAGUUGAUCUAUGUGACGUUUAAUGGUGUAGCCAUCAUCAAGUUCCACAAGAUAGUGAAGUCUUCCAAGGCAUUCCACGAUAGUCCCAUAGCGCCAUCUACCAGAAGCAGCAUAGUUACGAGCCUGAACCCUGGCUCCUAGUGGUAGAUGACGGACAGAAUCAGGUGUUGGUUGAACUGCCAAAUUGAUAUCAGGUUUAGUAGGGGUGUAAAAAUCCAAUUUUGUUCGUAACUGACGACCCAUGAAAAGUUCUGAUGGUGUUUCUCCAGAUGCUAAUGGUGUUAUACGCAGCCUGAGCAGGGCUUCAUGAAAUUUUUCAUGAGUUCCUUUAUCGAAUGUCAUUCUCUUAAGUUCAUUUUUGAAGGUCUAGACAUUGCGUUCAGCCAAACCAUUAGUUGCUGGAUGGCCAGGGGCAAUGAAUCUCUGCUUCAUACCAUUCCUCUUACAAAAUGAUUGAAAAUCAUUGGAAGUGAAGAUUGUAGCGUUAUCACUGACAAGGAUUUCUGGAAGACCAGUGCGAGAAAAUAUUUCCCUCUCUAGCAUAUAUGUCAAGGUCACCAUGUCCAUACUUGAAUUUGAAAAGGACCGCAUGAGGUUCUGUGGGAGUGUAAUUCCUGGAAAAAGCAUAGGCCACAGUCAUAAUGACGGGGUGCAAAUCAUCGCUGUUCUCCCGGCUUUGGGUUAUCAUUCUUUGGACAACUAUCCUAGCUGUGUAUCCGACACUAUUGAGUUGAUCUUCCUGCACGAGGUGUCCUAUGGUGUUGUUAGCAUACGUGAAGUCACCAUUGCAUGCCUUUUGAAUGAGAUGUUGGAUGUCCAAAAGAUAAAGAUUUACCACAUAAUGCAGUCUGUGGCUAGGGCUGUCAUACAUUUUCAUUGGACCGAGGGGUGCCCUCACUGUUAGGAAGCAAAAGAGAGUUGUUGAGCUUGGGCAGAGUUAUGAUUUGGCCAGAAGGAUUCUGAAUGGUUCUUCAGUCCACUAUCAUGCCUAUUUGGGGCAUUGGCAUUUGUAUUUCGCAGUGAUCAGUUACCUCGAAAGUCUCCAGGUAUAUUGGCACACCCAAAUCAAAGAAGGUCUCGGGGGACACUCUUAGGAAUGCUCUUGGAUUCCUUGAAACUGUGAUAUAGACCUCCUGCUCCACUUUGAUCCUGUUUGUUUGUCUGGUAGCACGAUUCCCCAUCGUAUGUAGAUAGAAAUGCAACUUAAACAGUGUCUUGAUUGAGGCCUACUGGUUUGAUUCAUUAUUAUUUUAAUUAUGGAAUCCCCAUCCCGAGUGAAUUGUCCUGCGGAAUCCCUGUAUCUGAAGCUGAUGGUUUCAUAAAUAAAUAAAUAAAAUAAAUAAAUUUUUAUUGUCAUUAGGCAACAUUGGCAAUAGACAAAGUCAAAACUAUACUAACAUUAUGCAAGUCAGAAGGUUAUAAGUUAAUGUAAUUGAAAGUAUAUACGAUAUACAUAUAUAAACACAUAAACAUAACUACAUCUAAAGUAAGCCCAGAAGAAUUCAAAUAUUCAUCACUAUACAAACAACAGUACAAACAAGGCCCUGUCAAAAUGUUAAAACAAGAAAGAAAAGCUUUAAGCAAUCAAGGAAUCAAACAUCAAUAAUCAUAUCGGAAUCCAAGAACUCUUGUAUAGAAUACAUUGGUGUUUUCACUAACCAGUUAAAAAGUUUCAUUUUAAAUCUAUCUGUGGACUCAUUUAUUAAGCUUAGAGGUAACUUAUUGUACAGUUUCAGACCAAUAAUAUUGUAGCUAUUCAUUGACUUUGAAAGCCUUUGGAAUGGUAUAUUCAGUCUAUUCUUAUUUCUUGUUGCAUAAGAAUGUAUGGUAUGUCUUGGAAUUUUCUCUACCUUUGUUUUUACAUGUAUUAGAGCAGUAUAUAUAUAAAGAUUUAUGAUUGUCAAGAUUCUCAACUUAAUAAACAAAGGUCUACAAAGCUCAGUACUAUUACGCGCAUCUGCUAAUAUCCUGAUGGCUUUUUUCUGAAGUAAAAGUACACUGCUAACAUGGCUACAAUUACCCCAAAACAACACGCCAUAUAAAAGAAUACUUUGAAAAAAUGCAAAAUAGGCUGACCUUACAUAGCUAUCAGGUACAUAAUUUUUUAAUUGCUUCAACAAAUAAAUAACCCUAGACCAUUUACUAUUUACAUACUCAAUAUGUGGCUUCCAUAUUAAUUUUUCGUCAAUAUACAGGGUGAUUCAUAAUUAUGGUAAAAUAU